AUGUCAGACGAUUAAGUAGCUAAUGAGUUAGAUGAUUUAGAGAAAAAUCAAGUUAAAGUGAAGUUCCCUCAAAGAUCUUGGGUUUCUAUGAUUCAAAAUAAGAUUGUAUCUGUAAAUCAAAUGAGCCAAUCGGAAUUCGAAGAUAAACACGAAACCAAUAUCGGAAUAACCCCAGGGAGAAGUGAAAGAGAGUCAUUCUGUAAAUCCAAACAUGGCUCCUCACUCUUUUUUCGGGAGGAUUUAGGAAGAUCUAGGAUGAGUGAUUUCGAUCCAACCUCAAUUAAAUAUAGGACUCAACCACACGAAGUCCACUUCAGAAUCAAAAUCUUUAUCAAGUAUCUCGCCCUUAGAAUCCUCUUCUCGAUAAUUGGUCCAUUUGUGCUGGUCUACGGACUCUGCGACAAAGAAUGGAUGAACUUUAUGCGCAAUUUCAGGAUUUACGGUUGCACUAAAGGAACAGCAUUCAACUAUUUUCGUUGGAUCACAAAUUACACUAUAGUCUUAUCCUGUGUUUACUAUGGAGGAAACGAAGGAUAGAAGAAGACGCAUUACGAAAUUGGAUUCUUUUGUAUCCUCUAUUUAACUGAGAAUGUCACUUAUGCGAUUAAGUAUGCAUUCUUCCAUCCUUCGAAGUUGAACCUCAUAGAAAGAUUUGAUAUGAGCGUUAUAGGGGAUUUAUGUGAACAGAGCAUUAACCCAUAUCAUUGGGCAUAACAAAUACCUUCAAUGAUAACCAAGGAGUUUGAAUAAUCAAUGAAGAGACAUCAGAUUGAACCAACUUCCUUUCACUUUUAUUUUAUGGUGGCACCUAAUCCAGAAAGAAAAAAAAGAAUUCAAGUUGGAUAUACUAAUAAUGGGGGGCAUAAGUUAUAUGAGGAUUUAGCAGCCCAUUGUAUUUCAAUAGCCAAAGAAAUUGUGGAGGAAUACAAUAAGAAAUGUCAUCUUAUGUUCAUAAACAAAUUCUCAAUCCUAAUUGCAUUAGGGAGAGUAAUUGCCUAUAUUUUUAUAAUGAACUUCUGCAGCGAAUCUGUUAAGGAUUACGUAAUUGUUGUGCAAAUGUGCAUUUUCUAAUUUAUGUACUUUUACCUUAUAACUGGUUUGAUGAUGAUCACAUAUAGAGAUUUAAGAAGAAAGGUAUUUGCCAUGACUCAACUAUCUCAUCUAAUUUCAGCUGAGAAAGUAGAGGUGUAUUAGGAAUCUAAAAUGUUCCCCACCCUCAAUCUAUUGUGCUGUGUAUCCUUAUACUCUUGGGUCAAUCUGAGAAAGAUGAUUCUAGAUUAUGGGUUGUAGUACACAAGGAGAUAGUCCUUCAUGCUUUCCUUUAUAAUGCUGCUCAAUGCCAUCAUGAUGGUUAUAAUGACAUUCCUCUUCUACUUGGAAUUUAUUACCAUCAACAGCAUACUCUAAUAGACUGUUGAUUUUUUGGUCAUUGCAUCGAUUUCAAUUGCCCUCGUAUUACAAGGUGCCAGAAUUAAUGCUCACUGGUGUAUUCAUAGAGGAUUAUUACGUAAAAACCUAUUCCUUAUUCAAUAAUUGUCUUAUCAAAUCUUCAAAUCUCUGGAUUAUACCUUCAAAUCUGAAGAUCCAGUUUUUAGUGCUUUCCAAAAAGUACUUGAAAAUGCUACCACUAGCAGUGUAGUUUAGGAUGACUAAUUUCUGAAUUACUCCUUGUUUUGCAUUCAUUCAAUCUAAAAUGUGUAUGAUGAUUUAGGUCACCAAGAGAAAUCUUAACCGUACACAGUAAUGGGCAUAGCUAUGACCUACGAAUUACUUUUAUAGGUUUGCAUAAGUACGUUAGGAUUGAUUGGAACUUCUGGAUUAAAUUUUAUUUUAUAAGUGUCUACUUGA